UAAUAAGAGCUCUCACCCUCAACGACAACGCGACUCUCCAGUCUCCACAAUCCGCCCUGCUCAAAGCCAGCCCCCUUUCUCCCUAAGUCCUGGACAGAAGAGAAAAAGAGAAAAUGGCUCAGCUAGCCAGAAACGCCGCCCGGAUACUCCCUCAAACGGCGCCACACCAUUACCGCUCCUCCCUCGCCUCAAUUCACACCACCAUCCCUUCCCUUGCCGGCUCAUCCUCCUCCGCCCCUACCCCCUACGCCUCCGCCCCUCCACCAUCCACCUCCUCCCCAGCUGGCAUAUCCAAGGCGGCGGAGUACGUGAUCUCGAAGGUCGAUGAUCUCAUGAACUGGGCUCGCCGCGGCUCCAUCUGGCCCAUGACCUUUGGUCUGGCCUGCUGCGCCGUGGAGAUGAUGCACACGGGGGCUGCCCGCUACGAUUUGGAUCGAUUCGGAAUCAUUUUCAGGCCCAGCCCAAGGCAGUCGGAUUGCAUGAUUGUUGCUGGAACUCUCACCAAUAAGAUGGCACCUGCACUCCGCAAAGUCUACGACCAAAUGCCGGAGCCAAGGUGGGUCAUCUCCAUGGGAAGCUGCGCAAACGGUGGUGGUUACUACCAUUACUCGUACUCGGUCGUCCGAGGUUGUGACAGGAUUGUCCCUGUUGACAUAUACGUACCUGGCUGCCCACCCACUGCUGAGGCCCUUCUGUAUGGUCUACUGCAACUGCAGAAAAAGAUCAAUAGACGUAAAGAUUUCCUUCAUUGGUGGACCAAAUGAAACCGCUGCUUGGUUGUGCAGUUUUGUCUGCCUGCUUGGGAGAGAAGUAAAUCAAACUGGACGUGGCUUUUUCCUAAAUAAAUGCUUUGGAGAAGGGAGGGAGGGAUAUAUUGGUGCUGUCACUGGUUUGUUUUCCCUUUGCUAGAUUUUAAACUGCCUGAAUCUUUAUCUGUAAAUCCGGGAUGGUCAUGGAAUUUGCUUGUAUUUUCAGUUGGUAAGAAUGGUGUGUGUGUGUUUGGCAUAAAAGUGGUUUAUUGAGGAGUAGGCAUUGAUAUA